UCAGCUGACACGACCAAAACAAAUAUGGCGGCUGGAGUACUGAAGUAACAUACUGAAGCUUUUUGUGUGUUUUUCCCCGUCUUUCUUUAUUUCGCCUGUGGAUUUUACAGAUUACCGCUUUGGUAAAGUGACCGCUUAAUAAAUUAAAUGUUCCCGGACUAUUUCCUGAAUGAAGAGAAAACGCGAAACCCUGAAAAUAAACGGAAGUGUCGUCUCGUGGGGAGGGAAGUGUUUGUGUCUCGUUUGAAACCAAACAUCCGCCUCUUUAACGCGUGUGUUUAUGAUGCUAGCUCGUCAUUAUAGUCGAGUAAAGACGAAGAAACUAUGAAAAAUAAACCAGUGUGCCGUUCAGCUAAACGGGGAAUGGCGUGCGGUUUCGGCUAACACUCAAGACGAGCUAAUGGUCUGAACAAGAUGUAACACUUAAUCCUGAGCAAAUAAACACGAUAUGGACUUUGCCGUGGAGACAACCUGAGAGAAAACAUCGAUAAGUUGAAGAUACGUUACCAUGGGUUUGUUGAACUUUGUUAUCUCCACUGUAGGAAAAUGCCUGGACGCCGUCUGCGUACUCCUGGACCUGAAUUUUCUCAUUGUCCACACCGUGGUGCGGACUCUGUUGGCGGUGAUCGCCUUCAUAAACAGCCUGCCCGCCCUCCUUCUCGCCUCGGUGCUGGAGCUGGGAAACUUUAUCGUCGUUUGCUUAAUGUCCAUGGCAGAGGCUACUUCAAAUGUAGCCCACGGUACUGUCAGCAUGCUGGGGAGCUUGGUGCUGGCUCUGGAGGGGCUGCUGGAAAGCCUGAAGAUGGUGGGUUACCUGUCCAUGCAUGUCCUGCUCCGGGGGAAGGAGCACCUGUGUCGAGGUCUGCUGUCAGUGCUGGAGGGCUGUGGCAUCGCCGUCAGCUUGGUGGUCUAUUUCACCAACACGGUGGUAAAUUAUGCUCUCAUUGCCACUCAGAACGUGUACCUGGCGGUUGUCAGUGUGUGGCAGACAGUGUCCAGCCCGCUGCAGAAGGUGUUGGAGCUCACACUAACCUCCUUCACCUUCCUGUACAGCAGCCUGGUUGGGACAUCAGCUUUCCUGUGGUCGCCCUGUAAGCUGAUUUUGGACUUCCUGGUGUCACUGGUGCACAUGUUCAUCAGCAUCUUCAUACUGAACAUCUACGGCCUCCUGCUCACUGUCACUAUUGCUCUAACUACCACGGCCUACCUGAACCCAGAGCUGACCAGACGGGCUGCUGUGCGAAUUCUGGAUUACAUGAACUCUUUUCCUGCUCUGCGCAGACUGCAUCUGGCUCUCUGCCACCUCACUUCAGCCUUGCGGAGCACCCCACAUUUGGUUCAUGGUAACAUGCGACGCCUGCAGAGAAUACUACAUCACCUCUACCAGCUGGAGCGAGGGCUUUGGCAGCAGUUGUCUCGACACAGCAGCCAAAUAGGCCUGGUCCUGCGGACACACCUCCACAGGGACAACAACAACAGAGUACGAGGCGACGGUGACCCUGGAGAGGAGCGGCGAGGCCCACCAGAUGGAAGAGCAGGAGAUGGAGCCCACCAGGAGCAGCCAGAUUUAGUCUCCCCCUCCUCCAGUACAGACGGGCUACUGAAGAAGAAAUUGUCUUCAGGCAAAGACAGUAAACCUCUGCCUGCUGAGAACCUGCUGACUCUACUGAAGGAGCAGGAGGAGAGGAAGAAGUGUGUGAUCUGUCAGGACUGUACCAAGACGGUGGUGCUGCUGCCGUGUAGACACCUCUGCUUGUGCAGAGACUGUACAACCAUCCUGUUGAGGCAACCUAUCUACCAACAGAACUGCCCGCUCUGUCGGCACAUGAUCCUCAACACUAUGGACGUGUAUCUAUGAGGGACCAGUGGAAGUGGAUCAAUGGGCCUCUGAUAUCAAGGAGCCUCAUAAAAAUCAGUAUCUAUUCCUAAUGUUUUACCACCACGUAAAUGAUGUUGUAUGACUAAUGUUUUACUUGGUUGUGUUAAAGUAAAAGUCUGGUAAUAUUCAGUAGUUUUCUUGCUGCAACAAAUGCCAUGAUAGAACCAAAAGUAAUAAAGCAUUGAUUACUUUCCUGAUUCUCAGCCCUGACUGUGGCGCUCAGCCCCAAGCAUAUUCAUUCCCACCAAAGACAAAAGUAAUUCCUAAAAAACAGCUCAUUAAUAUAUCCUUUUAUUUAUUUAAACAAGGCUGCUUUCCUAAAACCACUGGGCUUUUUAAACAAAUUUUACCCAAUACCCAGAUGUAAAUGGGCCUUGCCUACACAGACAGUACUAGUAGGAUGGAUUAUUAAUGAUUAUUAGGAUUAAUAGAUAAUAAGAAAUGGAGAAUAUCACCAGGCCUAUCAUCUAAAAUUUGUUUUCAGAUCUGUGCACUCUCUGUGAGCAGUUCAUAAGCACAGGAAAUGAUAAAAUACUUGCGCCUUCAGUUGCUGAUUAAACUACAACAUUGAAAUGCCACUUCCAAAUGAAAGACCAGGGUUGCAGCUAAUGAUUAUUUCCAUUAUUGAUUAAUCUGCUGAUUAUUUUUAGUAGCAACUUCUUAGAGCUCAAAUAAUGUCCUUAAAUUUUUUGUUUCAUGCAACCAGCAGUCCAAAAAAGACUAAGAAAUGAUUAAUCUAUUACCAAGAUAGCUGCAGAUGAAUUUUCUGUCUAUCACCUGAUUAAUUGAGAAAUCAUUGCAGCUCUGAGAGAGACUGUAAAAUAUCUGAACUGUUUGACCACUAUCCAUUUUAUUUUUUCAGUGUCUUUUGUGCAUUGAAUUGUGGGAGAAAGAAGGGUUUGGUUUGUUUGUGUACCGACUGUUUAAGUUUACUUCAUUUUGUCGCUUUUCAUGUGUGAACACACGAUACACUCAAAUCCUGCUUUUUUAACUAAACAUGGAUUUGGGUCACAGCUACAUCUCUGUUUUGGCACCAUGAUGUACCUGUUUAAAUGGUCCAGUGCUGCCACAUUGAGUCUCAGGUCUUGUAGCCAUGGUAAACCCGUAGGUGCCCUCCCUCCCUGAUGCUGAAAUGUUUACCGCUGCUCAUGUCUUAAAAUGUUCUGCUUUGAGUUGGCCAAGCUGCGAGAGAGAGAAGAGAGAAAAACAAACACUGUGCUUUAUUCCACAUAAGCUGUAUGUAUGACAGUAUAUUCACAGCAACACCAUGACUUUUUUUUUUUUUGAGUGGAAGCUUUUACUAUUCAAAUAUACUUCUGUAAAUGUUUGUGCUGCAUAAGGUGAUUUAUAACUUUCCAGUCAGUGAUGAUAAAAUACAGCUUUAUUUCAUUUAUAUGUUCUAUUGAAUGGGCUAAUUCCAGUCCUCCAUCAGAGGCAUAUUACAGUCACCACCAACACAUAAUCCAUAAAAGGUUUCCCCUUUCCUUUGCCAUUGUAAUAAAACAUAGAUUUGUGUUGUAUAAAAAGGACCAUAAACUAAUAAGGCUUCACAAUUUCAUUUGCAUUUGUUUUUCAUUUGUUGCUGUUGAAGCUGAAGCUGAAGCUAAUGUUGAUAUUGAUCUGUGUUUAAAGUUUACAGGGCAAUAUUGUGACACCACUUAAUGUAUUAUUAUUAUUGAUGGUGGGUGCUGUGGAGUCAGAUCUGUGGGAUAAGUGCUAUCUGUCACACGUCCUCAUUUGCUUUUUGAAGUUUUUUUCUUUUUUCUUUAAAUAAUUUGUAUGAUUAGAAGAAAUUUGAAAUCUGCAUUGUUUUUGUGAAUGGAGAAGAUCUAUUACACAGAUAUCAUUAAUGAAAGUGAUCUGAUCUGAUAGGGUUGUAAAAGAUUUCUGGAGACAAGGUUGUAGUCAUUGUAGGCUACUACUUCCCUCAGGUAUUCCUGAAAUGCCAGUGUAUAGCGUUCCUAAUUUAAAGAUUGCAGUGGACUGAAAACUCACAUGACCAUCAUCUGUUGCUACCUGCAGUAUGUGUGACAUAAUAGGGGACAAUGUGAUAUGAAGACAUGAAUGUAAGGUGUGUUUUUUUUAAGCUGUGGCUGCCAUAUAAUGGUAAGUCUUCUGUUCAUAAUAAAACAAUAGUGAAAACA